AUGGGUGGAUUUAUUGCCAGAAAGCCAGAUAUCUGUCAGAGUCCCACUGUUCAAUCUCUAGUUCUCUUUUCUACUGCUUAUCCAUUUUCCACUUCCCUCGAAGUCAAUUUACCUGCGGUUUCGGCAGGAAUUAUGGAACUAUUAGGUAUUCUCAAUGGCCACUGGGCGUUUACUUGGGUAUCUCAGGACAGGUUCUCACUACCAGUUGUUGCGAUAAUAUCUAUCUGGAUUGUACUCUUUUCUUACAUGUUCUACAAUUUAUAUUUGCACCCAUUGUCAAGUUUUCCGGGGCCAUGGUAUGCUGCAAUAUCAGACAUCUUCUUCGCCCGCACGAUAGUCUCUGGACAUGCACCUAAAACCAUAAGAGCGCUUCAUGAGAGGUAUGGUGAAGUAGUUCGCGUCGCUCCUGGAGAGCUAUCUUUCUCCUCCGCGAGUGCAUGGAAAGACAUCUACACACAGCGCAAAUCUGGUGAGAUCUUCACAAAGGACCAUAAAUUUUACAUCACAGACGAUACUCUGCGGGCCCCACAUGUAAACAGUAUUAUCAACGUUGAGGAGCAUGCAAAGGCGAGGAAGAUACUGUCUCCUGCGUUCUCUUCCAGAAGUCUCCUUGAUCAGGAAGAUGUCGUUAUUAAAUAUGCAGACAUGUUGAUGGUUGCAAUUGCAGAAGAGUCUCGUAAAGGGCCGCUGGACCUGGACAUGUAUUAUAAUUGGGUUACGUUUGAUGUCCUCGGUGAACUUGCCUUCGGUGAAUCAUUUGGCUCUGUCGAAGCUAGGAAAACCGACUUAUGGAUCUCCACGAUCAUGAGCAUGGUGUCUUUUAUUGCCUGGGCCGCUGCUCUGUAUCGAGUAUCUCCAAUGCUAGAAAAGAUGAUAGGUCUCCUCGUGCCGCCACAAAUGAAGAAGGCCGCCUUCAGCCACGUUAUGUCGUCUAAAUCCAAAAUCUUGAAACGAGUCAAGAGAGGAGAGGGAGAGAAGAAGGACUUUUGCUCCUAUGUCCUCGACAUCAAGGAUGAGAUGGGUCUGAACGACUGGCAUCUAACUUCUUAUGCUAGUUUCCUAAUCAUGGCAGGGAGCGAAACCACGACGACUGUCAUGAGUUCAUUGACCUACUAUCUCUGCAGAACUCCGCGUGUCUACGAGAAGUUGAAGCAUGAAAUCACGAGUCGAACUGCAACGUUUCCGUAUCUGACCGCCGUGAUCCAUGAAAUCAUGAGAAUCUUUCCACCUGUACCAUUCGGUUUGCCGAGAAUCGUUUCAAAAGGUGGAGAAACGGUAGAUGGGAUUUUCAUACCAGGCGGAACAACAGUUAGCGUGCAUUCUUGGUCUUCCACACAUAAUGCCAAGAACUUCAAAGACCCAGAUAGCUUCGUUCCCGAGCGUUGGCUUGAUCCGGAUAACACAGAUAAUUUCUCAGCAAGUAAUCCGUUUCUACUAGGACCGAGAGGUUGUAGUGGGCAGAACAUGGCGUGGAUGGAAAUGAGAAUCUUGAUUGCAAAAAUGGUCUUCUUGUUUGACUAUGAAUUGGUCGAUGAGAAGCUGGAUUGGGUGCGAGAUUCGCCUAACAUGAUCAUUCGGCAAAAGGUGGAGCUGUUGACUAAAGUUUACCCGAGGGAUGUCAAAUAA